GCAUGCCUCCUCACUCUCCACUUUCCUUGGCGUGUGUCUUUUCCGCCGAGUGUGCUCGUGGCAGUCGCGGAACCGUAGCGCGGCGGACCCAGCACAACAAGCAAAGCUGACGUAGCUACUACGGUGCGGACGUGGCCCCGCGCCCUGCGUUCUUUACACCAAGGGGCUCCGACGGCCAGUGAUGGGACUGCUGUAGAUCGCGGGGGUGCGGCCCGGCACAUAGAAGUAGCGACGGGUGUGCGCGCGGUCGAAAGAGGUGAUUGACAGGCAGGUCCAGUCAUAUCACUGGUCCUCGGCGGGCAAUUUCGCGCAUGCAACGUCCAUUUUCGUCGUUCCCGCCUUCCCUCUCCUCCGCGGUCGGCUCCUUUUUUUGGAGCCAUUUCUAGUUGCGGCGGAUGAUCAGGAGAACUCCGCCGGCUUCAGGCCGCAGCUGGCCAUCGCUUCCAUAGCCAUGAUUUGAAGGCGGGGAGGACGAGCAGCCGCCGCCCGCCCACUUCUGCUGGUGGGCUGCAGAGUAGAGUGCAUUGCACGGGUAAUUGACUGCAUGCUGGGGAAGGGUUAGGGCGCCUGCUUCGCGGGAGAGCAGGCUACUACCGCUCACAACUCCCGGGAAGGAAAGCCACCCUGGCUUGGGGCCUAGAUUGGCUCCGGGCGAUCUAGCAAUCCGCAGAACGACUGGCCAGCAGCUGCCAGCAGCAGCAGAAGCAGAGGAAGGUUAAAUAAGCUACGGGUUGUCCGUCAUCGGUAAGAGACGUCAUGCCCUCUGCAGCAAUGGCAGCUGGUGCGUCGCCGAGGUGCUGUUUUUGUGGAGUUCCAGGUAGUGCCCGAGGUGUGCGGCAUGGGAGUCUUGAGCGAGGUGCGCAGCAUGGAAGGUCGGUGCUGCGUUCGUCUUCAUGGCGAAGCUCCAGCGGCAUGGGUCCGACGGCAUGUGCGGCAUCAACCCGUGGGACUGCCCCGGUGGGCGGCUUGCUGCCUCUGCGCUUGACUUACCGACCUCGAAAGGACAGCUCAGCCGCUGUCGCUCCGGACUGUGUCGGACCUUGCGGCGCGACGGCGACGGCCUCAUGCGGCUUGGCUGGCGCCGGUGGUGUGCGACCUUCUCCGCAAGGGGUGCGGCUUCGGCGCUUCGUCGUGUCUCCCUCCUGGGUUAAGAGAUCUCCUUUGCAGAAGAGGGUGAGCGGAACGGGCUGUCCCCCUGUGCGGGCUUUGCUAGGGGGAGGAGGCCUCCCACCCCUUCCUGAUGGCGAUCUGGAGAACUCGGCGGGGAUGCUCAUCUCCGCGUCCGCCAACGCUUUGUCGCACCUCGCCCAGCGCGCGGAGGGUUUUAUCUACACCGUCGCUGAUGCUGCUGUCACGGCAGGCGAUGGGGCGGCGGGAGAGGUGGUUUCUACCACGGCGAAGAACAAGGGCUGGCUCGGGGGUCUCACAACACUCCUGGAGGACAUUCUCAAGUUUAUGGAGACGGGGCUCUCAGGCUUACACGUUCCUUACGCCUACGGGUUCUCUAUCAUUCUUCUUACUUUGCUUGUAAAAGUGGCGACUUUCCCGCUAACCAAGAAGCAGGUCGAAUCAACCUUGGCGAUGCAGAAUUUGCAGCCAAAGAUAAAAGCCAUUCAAGAAAGAUAUAAAGGGGAUCAGGAACGUAUACAGAUGGAAACCGCACGGCUAUACAAGCAAGCAAACGUAAACCCUCUAGCAGGCUGCUUACCGACACUCGCGACUUUCCCUGUGUGGAUCGGGUUAUACCGAGCGUUGACAAACGUUGCUAAUGAGGGUCUUCUUACAGAGGGUUUCUUCUUCGUACCCUCACUUGCGGGGCCGACGUCCUUAGCUGCAAGGAAUUCAGGCGCUGGCUUGGGAUGGUUAUUUCCAUUUGUGUCGGAUGAUCCAGCUCAGAAGCAGUCGCAGGCGAUUCUGAAGUUUUUGCCCCUCAUGAUUGGCUACUUUGCACUUUCAGUCCCCUCUGGCUUGAGCCUUUAUUGGUUGACGAAUAACAUUCUGACGACCGGCCAACAAAUAUGGUUGAAGAAGUUGGGCGGGGCGAAGCCAGUAGUGGGGAAGGAUGGUGGUGGAAUCCUCGAUGCAGGUACAGCUAGGCGUUCGGCGACUCCAGCGGCAGCUGUUUCUUCUGAGUUGCCUGCAAAGCAAUCGGAACAGGAACGAGGAGCAAGAUUCCGGCAGUUGAAGGCUGAAGAAGCAGCAAGAAAGGCUGCAGAGAAGGCAGCACAGGAGGCAAGGGCUGCAUCACCAGAAGACGACGACGAGGACAGUGUGGUCAUACCGGAUGUGGCUCCUGCUGCAAAGGUACCAGCAAACAGUGGAGCAGAAAACACGAUGCCCAGGAGAAGUAAGAGGUCGAAACGACGCAGAUCUGGAUCAGGGAGUGCAUGAUUGUCUGCGAUCAUCGGACCGGUGUGUAUGGGUGGGUGGUGGCAAGCCCUUGUAGAGCGCCAGAGGCCAUUGUCGACCGGCCAUGUGUUCUCCGUCUUCCUCUGUCUAGAGGAAGGAGAAGCGAGUGGUGUAGGAGGUGAGUGAGUUUCCCCUGGCCAGUAAAUGUGAAUGGGCGACUUUGAACUACCGUGCACACUGCAUGUGUUUUUUUGUUGUACAUGAGGUGUCUGACCUACUCCCUCCAUCUUUUUGCUCGCCCUGUCAAGCGAAUCUGGUUGCGUUUUGCUGCCAGGGGAAUGUCCGAAUUGGAAGAAUUCAGGCUGGAGAUGUUGUUGCUGCCACGUGGGUAUGAGUGGGAGUAUCGCUCGGUAAGCUCGUUGGUGUUUUGUGGCCUUUUCGAUUCGUAAUAUAUAUUUUUUUUAUGUUAUAUCAUUGGAGAUAAAAUAUUCUUCGGGAAUAUUCUUCAGCUUCCCUGUAGAUUUCUAGGAUGUUGUAUUUACGUUUCAUGAGCAAGCAUGGCCCUCGCUCUGCGGUUAGGGUAGGGAAGGCGAGCGUGUUUGGAACUGCCUCUACAGCAUUAUUGCAGCCUUUGCAGGCGUGCAAUGGUACAUAGGACUGUAUAGAUGAUGGAGUAUCUGAGGCAUGCGGCAUCGUUCUACAUCUGGUUAUUAAAAGGUUUUAAUGUUUUCAAGAGUUGUUAUGAGUUAACUUGAAUGUGAUCCAUGUUAUCAGGGGUGGAUUGGUAGUUACGUGAGCUGUUCCGCUGCGAAGUUGCGCAGAUCCUUUUAUAUGUGCUUAUUAGUCGAA